CGUUCCACAUUUUAUGGCACGCUAGCGAGCGUGGUGUGAAUCGCUGCCCGCGCGUGCCGCUGUGACGCCAGGAGCGUGUGUUUUGCUGCUCUCCCCGAGCAGGUAGUAAGACAACUGGCUGCCUGACGUCCCUGCGAAGGAUAGUGGCUUGGAUCUUCUCUUUUCAUCCAUCAGAGCUAUGGCAGUUUAUGGGAUGCGGCAUAAAGUCUUGCAGUGGCCUUUGUCCCAGAUCAGUGGUUAUGCGCAUAAGACUGUUUACCCAGACAAAAUGCAAUCCAACGAAAAAGAGUUUGUCCUUGUCAUUGGUGAUUCGCAUUUGAGAUCCUUUGUGGAUGGUUAUGUUGCAAUGCCAGAGGGCCGGUUCAGCUUUGGUUUCAUGUCUACACCUGGAGGAGAUGCUGAUGCUUUGCGAAGGGAAAUAUGCCAUGCUGAUGACCCUCCUCUCACUCCUGAUGUAGUUUGCCUACUUGCUCCAAGCAACAACUUGACAUCUAGCCCCACCAUUGAGAUGGCUGCAAAAGAUUUUACAUCUCUUUUACAAGCUGCUUUGUAUCGCUGGCCCAAGUUUUUUGUGUUGGAUUUUCCUAUUCGUCACGGAGACAUUCCUCUAGAGUACCAACUUCGUCUUAAAAAAGAAUAUCAUCGAGUGGCUGCUCAGCUCAAUGUGUGCUACUUCUCGACAGAAGCUUUCUUUCCAUUACGUAAUAGCCAACUAUGGUGUCAGGAUGGUGUUCACCUUAGUGAUGACUACGGGAUGGACAUACUGGCAAAUUUGAUAUGGCAGGCAUCAUACUCUGUAUUACACAUGCCUGUCGAUCCUGUUCCAGUCAAACAAAACCAUUAUAAAGUUCCUGUAUCUUUGAAAGACACCUCCAACCUAAAUGACGGCAAUAUCAAAACCAAAUCACCUAUGACUAUGGCAGAAGUAAAAAGGAAAGAGUUGUCAUUAAACAACUUAAGUCUAUGUAAGAAAAGAAAGGAGGACCACACAACAGAUAGUCAAUUGGAUCAAUACACUGAAAUGACAAACAAAGUGUGCAAGAGCUGUCAAAAGAAGUUUAGAAAUUUGCUAAUGCACUUAGAAAAAUCUAAAGCAUGCCAAAGCCAUUACAACAUGGAUUCUUUACGACAACAAGCCAGGGAAAAAAGAAAAUCAAAACAUUCUGAAGCUCAGGCUACUUACAGGCGAAAGCAAUUACAGCAAGAUCCAGUUGCAUACAGAAAAAAACAUGCUAUGGAGCAGGCCGCUACCAGAAAAAAAAAACUAGAAACGGAUCCCAUAGGAACUAGAGCCAAACAUGCUAAGGUGCAGGCAGCUAGUACCAAGAAAAGGAAAGAGCUUUCAUCAGACAACUUAGAUGUACUCAAUAAAGUAAAGGAGGACCAUACAACAGAUAGUCUAUUUGAUCAACAUACUGAAAGUAUGCAUGAUGUGUGCAAGAUCUGUCAAAAGCAGUUUAGAAAUUUGGUAAAACACUUGCAGAAAUCUGAAGUAUGCCAAAUCCAUUACAACAUGGAUUCUUUACAAGAACAAGCCAGGGACUAG